CAGUACACUACUACAUCGUGCCCGGAGCAGACAUGGCGGCGGCCGGCGGGAGGUCACUGCUCCUAGCCCGGUACCGGACAGGAUUUGUGACCCCUGCCAGACUCCUUACUGAUGGCGAGCCCACAAAGUUCACACCACCCGUCAAGCCAAUUAUUGCACCAAAGACCGGCUCACAGGAAUCUCAGAAAAGGUUCCUGAGCCCGGAGUUCAUCCCCCCGCGAUGCAGGAAAGACCCAUUGGUGUUUUACGUUGAAAGGCAAGAUAUGAUUGAAAGACGGAAGGUGAUAACCAUUCCCGAGUUCUACGUAGGCAGUAUUCUCGCUGUGACCAUGUCUGAUCCUCAUGCCAGUGGGAAACCCAACCGAUUCGUAGGACUUUGCAUACAGAGAUCGGGGAAAGGCCUGGGGGCCACAUUUUUGCUCCGAAAUAUUAUUGACGGACAAGGUGUGGAGAUGAAAUACGACCUUUACAGUCCCCGAAUUCAGGAAAUAGAAGUGCUGAAGCUGGAAAAGAGACAGGACAACAACUUGCUGUACCUGCGCGAUGCGCUUCCCGAAUACAGCACCGUUGAUGUCAACAUGAAACCAAUCGUCUUCCGGGAAUCAGAAGUCCCAGUCAAUACGAUGCAAGUCAAGAUGAAGCCGCGGCCUUGGUCCAAACGUUGGGAACAAGACAAACACCACAUCAAAGGGAUCGCGUUUGAGUAUUAUCUUCUGGAGAAGCACAUCAAGAGAGCGGAGAAGUCCGCUAAGCCCUGGCUGGAGUUUGACAUGCUGAGGGAAUACGAUACCACCGCAAUUGAGAAGAAAAUACUGGCAGAGGUCACAGAGAAACUAGCACAGGCUACAACUAACCAGACCACUGCUUGAGAACCCGUGCUAGAAUUUAUAUGCAACCGUAUAAUAAAAGUGUAUAUUUGUAAUUAUUUGUAUUGCACUUAUUUGAAUAAAUGAGUAAAAACAGUAA